ACUAACACAAACCGGACCACUCAAAGCCCCUACAGAUCAAACCAAAAUGCGACACCUACCUCCAGCAUCAUGGCGCUCGCACCCGGCCUCGAAAAACCAUCUGCGGCUAUCCCCACUCCUCGUUUCAUUCACACCGCAGCUGAUCCUCUCCUAACAACCACCACCACAACGUGGAACGACUUUCUCUUUACCCCCUCAUGCUUCCCUUCCCCGCGAGACGUAAUAACCCAACCGGACUACUACUCGAUCCCAUCCUCCACUCCUCUCGCGCCCUAGAAUCCAUGGCUUCGUUGUCCUCCUCCGCCGCAGUCGCCAAUGGAGAUGCCGGAACCCUCUCCCCGACCGCCGAGGCCCCGACCCUAAUCCCUGGCCUCCCCGACGACCUUGCCGCGGUGAUCCUCGCUUCUCUGCCGUACUCCCACCAGGCCCGCCUCCGCGCCACCUCCCGCUUGUGGAACGCCUUCCUGGCCCCCCGCUCCCUCCUCCCUCUCCGCCGUUUCCUUCGCCUCCCGCCGCGCCACCUCCUCUGCCUCUUCCCGGCGGACCCCUCCCUCUCCCCGCCGUGCCUCUUCGACCCCGCCGCCUCCGCCUGGUCCCCGCUCCCCCCGCUCCCCUGCAGUCCCCACCUCUACGGCCUCUCCAACUUCGUCCCCGUCGCCCUCGGGCCCCACCUCUAUGUCCUGGGGGGCUCCCACUUCGACGCCCGCUCCUACCCCAUCGGCCACCCAACCGCCUCCGCCGCCGCCUACCGCCUCGACCUCGCCGCCCCCGCCCCGCUCCUCGCCUGGCAUCGCCUCCCGGACAUGCUCUCCCCCCGCGGCAGUUUCGCCUGCGCCCCCGUCCCCUGCGGCGACGGCGGCAUCAUCGUUGCCGGCGGUGGGUCCCGCCACUCCAUGUUCCCCUCCGAAGGUAGCCGGAUGAGCUCCGUUGAGAGGUUCGAUGUGGACUCCGGCGAGUGGAGGAUGCGGGAGGGGCUGCCGAGGUACCGGGCCGGGUGUGUGGGGUUCUUGGUCCGGCGAAGGGAGGUGGAGGAGGAUGAGUUCUGGGUGAUGGGAGGGUACGGCGAUUACCGGACAGUGUCGGGGGUGGUUCCGGCCGAUGUGUACUACAGGGACGCUGUUGUGCUUGGGUUGAGGAGUGGGAAGUGGAGGGAGGUGGGGGACAUGUGGGAGGAAGGGGAGAGAAGGAAGCUCGGGUCGGUCGUUGUCAUGGAUGUAGAGGAUGGGCAGGCGCCAGGAAUUUUCAUGCUUGAUCGAAAUGAUAUUUUCAGAUCUGCAAAUAGAGCUGCUCGGUCUUGGAUGGGAGAGGAUUCAGUUGAUCUCUGAGGAAGGUUUUAAGAUAUGAUUUUGCUUUAAAUCGAUGGUUGAAAGAAUCAAGCCUGCGAAAGAAGGUUCCAGCAGAUGAGCCUUGUGGCUUUGUUGCUAUGAAUGGGGUGCUGUGUGUGCUGACCAAUUCAACACAGAUUAGCAGUGGAUCAGAUCCACGAAGACCGCCCAAGAAAAGGCUGACUUUAGAGAUUCAAGUGUACGACCCUGCUCAGAGGAAAUGGAGGUUUCUAACUUCAAAUACACCAUUCCACCAACCCAUAGAUUUUAAAACUGCUGUUGCAUGUACUAUUAGAUUAUAAUUUUGUGGGUGAUUUUUUCUUUCCUGUAUAGUUUAAUGUAAUUAGCCAUGACUUUCAUUACCUGGGCUUCUCCAGGUAUAUAUAAUUUGAUGUAAAAUGUCCUUGUAAAGAGUGAUUGGAUGGUGUAUGUCAUUAACCUACAUGUUAAUCACUAUUAGUUGUGUAUACC